AUGUUUCAAGGUUUGCCAAGCCAAAGCUCCUACUCAUACGCAGUAUCUUUAGCUUCUGUUUUUCUUAUUGCAAUUGCAGUAGAGUGGCUAUCACAUGCCAGAUUGAUAAAGAUUGGCACAAACAAUGUCCUUGCAGGGCUCCAGCAAACUGCAAUAUAUGCUAUUAGGGUAACACUUGCAUUCUUGGUUAUGCUUGCAGUUAUGUCCUUUGACACAGGUGUCUUACUAGCUGCUGUUGCUGGAUAUUCAAUUGGGUUCUUGAUUUUUGGUAGCCAGGUUUUCAGAAAACCAAAUAUUGAACCUUACCAGGAUUCAAUCGAUCUCCCUCCUUUGAACUGCUAA